AUGUUUGUCGACCAUUCGUGGCCCGACCCGCAGCGCUCGGGCAAGCGGUGUAGGGAAGACGAUGUCGAUGAGCUGACUUUCGCCCCGGGGAGUACCAUUGGGUUUGCGGAACAUAGAAAAAAACGGAUCCAAACACUCCCUUUCAGGUCGGCCACGCAAUGGGGCGAAGUGCCCAGUUUCCCUCCGUCAAACCCCAUUUUUUCGGCAAACGGGGUUUCUACCAAUAUCACUCCAGUCCCCUCGAGGGAUCCGGAGCCCGAUCUCACCAUGUACGCCGAUGAACCAGAACUACCUUCGCAGCGCCCGGCAACCCCCAGCGACAUGAGGGACUGCGAUGUCGACAUGAUGGAGAUGUCCAGUCCCAGUGCGAGCCAGGGCCAGCCUCAGCCCACAAUGGCGGCUCCUCAGCCUUUCCCCAGCAUAAUGGGCCGUAUACCGACACCGAUCACCUGCAGCUUCGCGGCUCAAGUACGGGGCCAGAAUCGCAACGGAGUAUUCGGGGUAAUGGCUAGCCACGGAGACGCCCUGGCAACAACGCCUGAGGAACCCAACCCCGCCAUGUUUGCCAAUGAUGUGGGGCCGUUUGGCAACGCGGCCACAAUGCGACAGGUCAUGGCCGACUGGAACAUGGUCCAAGAGAACCGCCGACUCCCCUCACCGAUUAGUGAAAGCGGCGCCGAGGACUGUUUGCCCAGUCCACAGAUGCCGCUGGACCAGCAACAACCCUCACGAGCCAGCGGCGGUAGUAGCUUAGACCAUCUAACCCACGACCAUCCCUUAAUCGCGAGCCUCCCCCCACGCGCUAGCUCCGCCAUGGAAGCCCGCCGACCACACGAAGGCAUGCUCUCCGAAAACAACAACCCGAACGCCAACGGCAUGGACGUCGAAGGCUCCGCCGCAACGGCCACGACGGCACCGACGACCCCAACACCAACCACACCAACGCUAUCUUCCCCCUCAGCAACACAAUCAUCUUCUUCGUUAACACCAGGCGGCAUGAAAAAGGGCCACACACGCUCCAAGCAUACUCUCAGCGCGUGGACGGCCCCGCAGCCCGGCAUGAAGCGGACGUUCAGCAUAGGGUACCGGGCGGACUGCGAGAAGUGUCGGGCCAAAGUGCCGGGGCACUUCAACCACAUCAUUAUCUCCUAG